AUGGCGACCAUCCUGCUGGCCCCUUCUGCAGCCAGUGUGUCUGCGCGGGCUGCAUACCAUGUUCCGGCAAGGAAUCUCGAGCCUCCGCUUGGUGAUCAGGCGCAGGCAAGGACGGCUGCACCAUGUGCGACCGUGAUUUUGGCCGUGGCUUUCGCAUGCAGGGCUGUGAGAGGUCAUCGAACGGGCCCGGCACGAGGCUCUCGCACUCUCUGUCGUGCGAAGGGUAGUCGCGCGUUAACCGUCAUGGAGGAGGUCGAGGAAUGGAAGAACCGGCCGAUGGAGGCAACAGUCCUUCAACAGGGCCUGGAGAUGGAAAGGCGCUUUGGUAGACCUUACUUCGACGAGAAGCGGGGCAUCGGAAAGGUGUGCGACUGGCUACCUCACCGGGGCUUCGGAUACUUGCUCUGUGGCUCGCCACCCGAGAAAAUCAUUUUCCGGGCGAGCGACGUGCCGCAAGACUACCUCGCGUCGAAGGGUGGCAAGGUGCCUAUGGAGGCAGAUGUCGAGUUCAAUCUCGCCGGCACCUGGAGGGGAAGGAAGCGAGCAAAAGACCUGGUCUUUCCCAUGGCCGGGAACUUCACAGAGCUUGGGCUGAAGCCCGAGGUUAUCGAAGGAGCUGCGAACUCUCUCGGCCUUGACCCGCGUGAGAACCCGGAUGCUCCAGCGCUGCUGAAUCCAGCGCCUGUCCAGCAGGAAGCCAUCCCCUAUAUCCUGAACGGUGACAACAUUGUCAUCGCUGCGGAGACCGGAUCGGGGAAGAGCCUCGCGUACAUGCUGCCGAUGGUGCAGAUCAUUCGUGGGAUGGCGCAGGCCAGGAACAUGGACUACGGCUUGGCGUACCGGGCUGGCUGUCCCCUGGCUCUCGCGAUCUGCCCGACCCGGGAGUUGGCGAUGCAGGCCUACAGGACCCUGAAGUUGAUCAGCCAUCAUGCAAAGUGUCGAGUUCGGCUCGUCCAUGGUGGCUCCAUGACUUGGAGAAAGCAGAGGCAGGAGAUCUCGCAGGUCGUGGACAUCCUGGUCUGCACACCUGACAGGUGGGAGCUUGCCCAUGAGCCAUAUCAUGGCAGAGCAGAUUUUCGUGCAGACGGUUGUCGAAAGUAUGAUGCCUUGUUGGAGAACCGGGGCUCCUUGAGAGAGGUCAUUUGUGCGGUUCGCAGCCAUCUGGCCCGAAAUGCCAGCACUGUGGGCGGGCGCACUUGUGCCAUCCUAGAAACAGCUCGAGAAAUUCCCAAUUUCCCAUGCCAUGCGCGGCAUGCUCCAGCCGAACCGGCCUUUGCCGGUCCGGCCACGUCGAAUCCCUCUGUCGCCGAGAGGCGGGUUCAGAGGGCACAGGGAACACAGGCGCGUGCUCUUCUUUUGACCUUGCAUGUGCAGGAACGCUCUCGCUCGUUGUCGUGUGUUGCGGGCCGGUUUGGCCCUGUGCAAGAGGUCAUGCAACAGAGACUGCCAGCAGCCGGUCGGACGGCGGCGCCGCCGUCUGCAGCAAAGCGUACUGGGCUGCUUGCAGCAGAGCAGGUGUGGUCGUCACGUUUGGCAGUCUGCGGGCAGCCAGCUGACGAAUGCCGAAGCCAUCAGUUGCAGGCACAGGCAGCGCCGCCUGUGCCGACGAAGCCACCGGCGAGCGAAGACGAGGACGGCGAUCAUUUAGCUUCUGCUGAGUGUAAACAGACGGCGGUUUCCAGCAAAUCAGCUGAAAAUUUUUCUGCCCAGGAGGAAGGCUACGACUUCGGUCUCGAAGAGGUGCCCAUGUGUUGUAGAAAAGGCGACGGAUGUAGAAUGUACGGACAGUUGGAUCUGACAUGA